AGCGCCGCCGCCGCCGCCGCCGCCUGUUUUCCUCGGCGUCCGCCUCCGGCCUCCGCCCCCUCCUCGCCGCCGCCUACCCCGGCGCCCCGACCCCGCGCCCGGCCCUGGGACGCGCGGUGCCAUGCUGCCCCGGCCGCGGCGCUGAAGGAUGGCGACGCCUGUGCCCCCGCCCUCCCCGCGGCACCUGCGGCUGCUGCGGCUGCUGCUGUCCGGCCUCGUCCUCGGCGCGGCCUUGCGCGGUGCGGCCGCCGGCCGCUCCGAUGCCGCUGCCUGUCCUGGGAGCCUGGACUGUGCCCUGAAGAGGCGGGCACGGUGCCCCCCGGGUGCACAUGUCUGUGGGCCCUGCCUCCAGCCCUUCCAGGAGGAUCGGCAGGGGCUCUGUGUGCCCAGGAUGCGCCAGCCUCUGGGGGAGGGCUUGCUGCGGCCCAGACUGGAAGAGGAGAUUGACUUCCUGGCCCAGGAGCUAGCUCGGCAGGGGGCGGGGCGCCCCGGGCUCAAGGCCCCACCCCAGCUUGAGGGACAGCAGCGGCCCCCGGAGGCGGAUGCCACCCUGGGGCUCUCCGAGCGAGGCCGGGGACUGGACCUGGGCCUCCCCUCCGCGCGGGGAGCCCCGGCGCCCACACCUCGCCCCUCCCUGGGCCCCGCUGUGUCGUCCGGGCCUGUGCACGUGUCCCCCCUGGAGCCGCGAGGCGGGCGCGGUGACGGCCUCACACUUGUGCUGAUCCUGGCCUGCUCCGUGGCCGGCGCGGCCGCGCUGGCGGUGGCGGCUCUCUUCUGGUGGCGGCUGCAGCGAGACAUCCGCCUGACCCAGAAGGCCGACUACGCGGCCCCACAGGCGCCCAGCUCCCCAGCUCCGCCAGGGAUCUCGCCCGGGGAUCAGCGCCUGGCACACAGUGCCGAGAUGUACCACUACCAACACCAGAGGCAGCAGAUGCGAUGCCUGGAGCGGCAUAAAGAGCCACCCAAGGAGUUGGACUCCGUCUCCUCCGACGAGGAGAACGAGGACGGCGACUUCACGGUGUACGAGUGCCCGGGCCUGGCCCCGACGGGAGAGAUGGAGGUUCGGAACCCAUUGUUCGACCAUGCCUCGCUGUCUGCGCCCCCGCUGCAGUGACCCGAAGGCUGACGCCCACCCUCUCGCUCACCCUCUCGAGGACGUGAUGCCCACUGGUGGGGAGGAGCAGGGCACCCGGUCUUUCCCAUUAAAGAGAGGGUGUCCUGACGCACGCCUGCUCGUGGCUGGGGCCCCAGAGGCUAGGAACUCCUCGCGGGGCAGACUCCUGCCUGCCUCUGCCCCCUUGUUGCGCCUGUCCCCUCAAGUGUGGAACCCCCCAGUCGAGGGGAGGAGGAGAACCCGAGACCAGGCAUGGGUGGGUAAUACGGGGGACAAGCCAAUUAAAGUACAUUUCAAACCUUUG